UCCGUAUUUAUAUAUAUAUAAAUAUACAUAUAUAUACAUGCUGUCAGGUGGUCUAAUGAAAUUUUGCAUUAAUACAGCUCUGAAACUUCUUCACUUGAAGGUAUGCAGCUCAGCUUUUAUUGUCCUCGCGAUAUCAGGGCAUUGAUCAUGUGUUUCCAUGGUAACAAACUGCCAGGCGGAAGAUCUGAAUUGCCUGCCGACAGCAUCAGAUUGUCCACCUGUACUGAUGGAAGAGGACAGCAAUCAAGGUCAAGGACAACAAACCAAAGCAGAACCAAAUCAGGAAAACCAGGAGGGUGAAAAGCCAACAGUUUCAAAUAAGAACCCGGUACAGAACCUCAACGAACUCCAGAAGGGCUUGGUUUAUGAGUUUGUGAGUGAAUCUGUGGAGGGUACCACCAAAAACUACACGAUGAGCGUCGAAGUGAGUGGCGAGAAGUUUGAGGGUACCGGCGCGAACAAAAAGCUUGCGAAAGUGGAGGCUGCCAAGUACGCCCUUCUAAAGAUGUUUAACAUUCUUCAUGUACCAGUUUUGAAUGAGACUACGCCAUGCAAGGAAGGAGCCUCUCCGGGAGAGGGGACUGGCAAAAAGAGGAGGAAGAGGAAAAGUACCACACCCAUGGAGAUCCUCAAUGCCACUGCUGGAGGCGAGGGUCAGGAACCAGGAGGACCAAUGUACUGUUGUAAAAACCCUGUCAUGCUCCUCAACGAGUGUAAAAAGGACCUUAAAUAUGAGUUUGUGCGAGAGUCAGCUGAAGGUGUAAAGGAACAGGAUAGGUCCUACACCAUGGCGAUAGAAGUUGAUGGUCAGAAAUUUGAGGGCACAGCUAAGAGCAAGAGGCUGGCGAAAGAACGAGGCAGCAAAGGUGGUCCUCGAAAAACUCUUCAACAUCAAAAUAGUUCCAGAAUCAGAAAUGCCGGCUGACCCUGCUGGUGAUCAUGGACAAUCUGAUGCCAGCAGUGUAUCUCCCAGGGGACCUGGAAAUAGUGGGGACAGACGAACACAUCAGUUUGCUGGAAACAAUAUGGCUACAGUUGCAGAAAUUCAUCCUCAACCAGCCAAUGUAGAGAAUUGUAUGGCGCGAGGUGCAAAUCCACUGUACCUCCGUUCUAGAGAUUACGGAGGCAGCAUGCAGGACCCUGUCGUAAAACAACUCCAGAUAGAGGCUUUACAGGCCGAAAAGGACAAAUUCAUCACCGAGCGAGAAGUACUUCUACUCGAGAAGGACAAAAUAUUGAUGGAAAAGACAUUGUUACAAAUUAAAAUAAAAAAACUGAAAAGAGAAAUUGAUGGGAAAGGCAAUAAUGUUGAUGAAUCUUAAUCAUGUUCUCAAUAGAAUACUGCUUGGAUAAUGUCAUUGUGAGAGAAACUAGUGUUAAAACUUUUAAUUAUAAUGCAGCAUAACCCCAAUAUCAUUAGUGAGCAUAUUCCUGGUACAUGUUGUUAAUAACUCCAGAAAACUUUUAUUUUUAUUUUCCAUGUAGACCAUGGAGCUGCACUGUCAUAUUCAUUUGUCACUAAAAUAAUUUGGCUGAUCCGAUUUUUCAGCUGUUUAUAUUUCUGUUUUGAUUUCGACACAUCGUGACAUCGAUAAAUGAUGCACAGGAAUAAGUUGUCGUGUGGUGAUUAUUUUUAUUUUAAGGUAUUAAUAGUUAGAAUUCUUUUUAAAACAAAAAAGAUAUUUAAUCCGAUGUGUUCAUGUAGUUUAAAUUGUAAUGAAUUAUCUAAGCCAGUGUAACAAAGAUAGGUUUUGCAAAACCUUUUUUUCCUAGAUCAAGGGCUAGCCAAUUGGAUGGGUCCAUUAUUAUUCACAAGUAAUUCGUCAACUGGGUACUGUGGUUUAGUUGAUACGCAUUCUGUACUUGAGAAUUUGUUUAAAUUAUCCCCGCGUGACGAGUGGGGGAGGAAAUAUAGGGAUAGGCUCCUAUGUAUGUAAGUGUUUCUCAUUUGUAAACGUUGUCAUUAUGCAUAAAAUGCUUCGUAUUCGGUUCUGAUAUGUAAAUCUACGGUAUCUAUGAGAUCUGCAGCAUCUGAAUCAUGUAUAAAGAUGGUAUUUCUGCCAGAGUGAACAGACAUUUACUGAUAUUAUUUUCAUCGAGUAUUCAAGUCAUAUUUAAAAUUACACUUACAGAAACACAGACUGAUUAGAAAUGUUUAAAUCUUUAUUACAACGUAUGUGUUUUACAAUGUAUUUUUAAAUAAAUUCAUGUCUUUUCGUAAA